AUGAUGACGAGCUGUGCUGACGCCGUGUGUGCGCUUACACAGGGUCUUACCUCAACGGGGUUCUUGACCUCGUCUUCCAGCAUUGCGUCCAGUCUCACUUCGUCGAGCUCUUCUCCCCUGAGUUCAUGUUCAGAUGCAAUAUGCGCACUGACUCAAGGCCUCAGCAUCAGUUCUGUGUCCACUUCACAUGGUAGCAGCUCUCCAGUUACAACGUCGCCUUCAACCUUGUCAAUUAGAACCUCGUCGAGUCUAUCACGCACCACAAGCACAACUCCAAAGCCGCCUCUCCCGACCUUACCUCCGACGGUGAUAUCCACAGCAUCGAAUGGCGAUGUUUUCAGUGGGGUGGUGAGCAUCUCGGACCACAAGACGUCAUGGAUUUCGUCGACCAGAAUCUCCCAUCUGGACAGGGGCACGCCCGUGACGAUUCUCAGCACGACGAGAAGCGCCAGCUCGGUCAGUGUGUUCCGAUGCGGAGGGUUUGAGAUCUCCGGGCAUUCCAGCUGCACGGAAUCGCCACAGCUGGUGUUGAUCUCGAAGACGACACCGCCUCCGUCCGAACAGACCGAGAUCUGCGGUUCGUGGAUGGGUCCUUUGACGACGAGCAGUCCUGCCAUGGUAGGCAAGUACAACUGUGCGUUCCCGACGGAUGGGACGGGGUUGCCGGGAGUCAAUUCGCCUGAUGUCUUGCAACCGUUCCGACCAGACGAGGAUCUCAUCGAUGAUUUCUGCAAGUACAUGGUCCUCAACGACAUCACCAUCUACAGUGGACGGCCGGAUGGCAAGAAGGCACCGGGAGAAUGUGCACACUAUGUGAUGGGACGGCUGUUGAAUCAGGAGGAGCUCCCAUUCUCGGCCAACAACAACUUCGGCAUGACCAUUGCCGUGGCGUUCGACUACAACGGCUGCUCGAGCCCGGACGACAAGCACAAGGACGGGAUCAGUUUCAGUGAUUAUGGCGAGCACAAAUGCCACGACAAUCUGUGGAAGACGUUGGUCAAUAAGUGCCAAUUUGACAAUCCAGAGAAGAUGGGACUGAGCAAGUUCCCGGCUGUCGGAGGACUGUUGUGGAAGGACUGCAUGCGAUGGACCGUCCUCUCUGUCUCGGACUCUUACACGCCUCCAGACACGUUGUCCGGGCACGACGUGAUUAUGAGCUAG